AUGAUCAGUGCACGAUAUGCUCAGACAGCAUCCAUAUUGACAAACGGAAAUGUCUUAGUUGCUGGUGGAUCCAGUGUGAUGGGUGGCACAUUGAGUAGUGCAGUGUAUAAUCCAUCCAUAGGACUCUGGACAACUUCUGGCAAUUUGAAUACUGCAAGAAUGUUUCACACGCAAGUCAUAUUGACAAACGGAAAUGUCUUAGUUGCUGGUGGAACCACCGAUAGCAACUCCGGAUUGAGUAGUGCAGAAGUGUACAAUCCAUCCACAGGACGUUGGACAACUACUGGCGACAUGAGCAAUGCACGAUUCUAUCACACAGCAUCCAUAUUGACAAACGGAAAUGUCUUAGUUGCUGGUGGAACCACCGAUAGCAACUCCGGAUUGAGUAGUGCAGAAGUGUACAAUCCAUCCACAGGACGUUGGACAACUACUGGCGACAUGAUCAGUGCACGAUAUGCUCAUACAGCAUCCAUAUUGCCAAACGGAGAUGUCUUAGUUACCGGUGGAAUCACUGAUAGCAACUCCGGAUUGAGUAGUGCAGAAGUGUACAAUCCAUCCACAGGACGUUGGACAACUAUUGGCGACAUGAGCAAUGCACGAACGUUUCACACGCAAGUCACAUUGACAAACGGAAAUGUCUUAGUUACUGGUGGAACCACUGAUAGCAACUCCGGAUUGAGUAGUGCAGAAGUGUACAAUCCAUCUACAGGACUCUGGACAACUAUUGGUACCAUGAGCAGCGCACGAUUCUAUCACACAGCAUCCAUAUUGACAAACGGAAAUGUUUUAGUUGCUGGUGGAGUCAAUGGCAGUACUGCAUUCAGUAGUGCAGAAAUGUACAAUGCAUCCACAGGACGUUGGACAACUACUGGCGACAUGAGCAGUGCACGAUAUGCUCACACAGCAUCCAUAUUAAAAAACGGAAAUGUCUUAGUUUCUGGUGGAGUCUCUGGUAAUAUAAUCAUAUUGAGUAGUGCAGAAAUAUAUGGAUGA